GCGGGUGUCUUUGAGAGGAGCGAGCGCCGAGAGAAGGGACCAGGUUCUCUUUAAGGGGGCAGGACUUUGGGAACAUUAUGAAGGCAAGAGUGAGCUCCUCUCUCUGCCUUCCACCCUCCCCUCCUUCCCUUCUCUGUUCCAGGACAGAGACCUGGGUUCCCUGCCCUCCCCUUUGCCUGGCAGGGAUGAAGGAAGGUGCUGGGUGCUGGGAUGGGCGGCUGAGCAGGGGAGGAGGAGGAGGAGGGGAGGAAGGGGAGGGAGAGGGGGAGGAUCUGCUAAUUACACAGAACAGCUCUGGGGGCUGCUGAAGUCCAGAAUGAAGCAAAGAGCAGCAGAAGCGAGUGCUGCAGUGGGAGCGGAGGAGCCCAAGCAUCACCGAGAGCUGGAGCUGCCUGUUAUCCCUGCUGGGAGCAACUGGGAGCAGCCAGGGGAUCCUGCAGCUCUGACUCCCACAGGAGACAGCCUCUGGCACUGCCACCAAGCCCACUACCAGCCCCCGGAGAGCCAAGGGGAAGGGGCUGGUGGUUGCAGGACACAGGGUUGGGCUGGAGGGCAGCAAAGUCAGCCCUCCUAUGGUCACUGGGGACUAGGAGCCUGUGUGGAUCCACCGGGAAGAGGUGAAGGAUGGCUGCCGAAGGAGGGAGAGCCAAGCCCGCUGUCCAGUCCAGAAUGGAGAACUUCCGAAAGGUGAGGACCUCGGAGGAGGAGAUGCCACUGCCCUUCCCAGACCUGCCCCCGGACGUGGUGGAGAUGAAAGUGAAGGAGGGCAGCAAGAUCAGGAACCUGAUGAACUUUGCCAUGGCCCAGAUGGAGCUGAAGGGCAGGCGGCAGAUCGUGUUCAGCGGCUGCGGCAGGGCGGUCACCAAGACCAUCACCUGCGUGGAGAUCAUGAAGCGCAAGCUGGGAGGGCUCCACCAGGUCACCAAGGUACGCUACAAAACCGUGCUGGAGGUCUGGGAGAACCAGGACCCGCUGCCCAACGGCCCCGCACAAAACCUGACUGUCCACAAGAAUGUCCCCUCCAUCUGCAUCCUGCUCUCCCGGGACCCCCUGGAUCCCAGCCAGACGGGAUACCAGCCCCCAGAACCCCGGCAUGAGGCAGGAGAAAACACAUCGGGAUCCUCCACCAAGGGGCUGAAGCGGCCACUGCCGCCUCCCUGCGAGGAGCUGCUGCCCAAGAAGCUGCAGGUACAGGUGUCUGACAGCCCCAGGGGCUUGGGGACCACCACUGGCCAGCUGGACCACUGAUCCCAAUGCCUCCCACCCCACCAGGCAGGUAUUGAGGCAGGAAUAUUCACUCAUUCUGGGUUCACUGGUGGGCUGCAGGCUCCCCCUGACCCGUCCCCACUUGCUGCUCCUUGACCCCUGUGGAUGGGGGUCUCCAGAUCUGGCGUGAGGGUUAAACAUUUAAACCCACCAUCUCUUGGUUAUGGAUUGAAGCAGGUGAGGAUGUGGGGGGGGAGCUGGUGACCUCUAAUUCAGCCACGCAGGGACACCGUGACCACCAGCCACAUCCUGCAGCGACUCCCAUGGAGCCAGAGCAGCCGAGGGGUGCCCAGACCACCACCAUCACUCCCCACUGCAACGCCUCAUCCAUCAGGAGAGAUGGGUUUGCCCCAAGCUUGUUGGAAUAAAACCUUCAUUAUCAAACCUGCUGCUGAGGAGCUGUCAGAGUUAUUAAUGCCGGGCUCAGCAUCCUGUGGGGCUGUGAUUCAUCUGAAAAAACCCACCCAAACAAGCACGGAGGUUGCUCCCUCCCUGCACCCACAGAGCCAAGCACUGCACUGUGCUGCCUGCCUGUGGGACAGCACAAGGAAAUAAAACAAUCCACACUGGA